CCUCAACUUGAUCCUCCCUCACUGUGCCUCCUAUAUCCUUCCAUCAUGACCGCCACCAACACCACAACUCGUCUGCAAAAGCUGCGUGAGUUGAUGCAAAAGCACAAUGUUACUGCAUUCGUUGUUCCUUCAGAAGAUGCUCAUCAGAGUGAAUACGUUGCCGAAUGCGAUGAACGUCGUGCCUAUAUUUCUGGAUUCACUGGCUCUGCAGGAUUGGCGGUUGUCUCAAUGGAUUCGGCUGCACUCUUCACAGAUGGCCGUUACUUCUUGCAAGCUUCGCAGCAAUUGGACACAAACUGGACUUUGAUGAAGUCUGGCCUCCCCGAGGUUCCUACCUGGCAGGAGUACCUUGUCAAGAACCUCCCUGCUGGUUCCCGAAUUGGUAUCGAUCCUCUUGUUUUCACCGCCACCGAUGCUAAGAAGCUCGAGACUGAUCUCGCCAAGGUUGGAUCGACCUUGGUCCCCACUGAGAACUUGGUUGAUUUGGUCUGGGAAAAUCGCCCAGCUCGUCCUGCCAGCAAAUUGCUCGUUCUCACCACAAAGACUACAGGUCGCACUCAUUCUGAGAAAAUCGAGCAGCUGCGCAAAGACCUUGAGAAGAAAGGUGUAGCUGGAUUUGUUGUCUCCGGUCUAGAUGAGGUUGCUUGGUUGUUCAACCUACGUGGAUCAGAUGUACACUGUAACCCCGUUUUCUUCUCCUAUGCUGUCGUCACUCCUGACUAUGUCAGCCUAUAUCUUCAGAAGAAGUCGGUCUCGCAAGAGGUCAGGGAUCACCUUGGAGCUGAGGUCACCAUCAAACCCUACGAAAGCCUCUUUGAUGACCUCCGUGCUUUGGCACCAACCCUUCAGACCAACAAGCAAAAGUUCCUUCUAGGUACCCGUACCAACCUUGCUAUGGCUGUUGCUUUAGGUAAAGAUAAUACUGUCGAGGCCCGUUCUCCUGUCACGGAUGCCAAGGCCAUUAAGAACGAGGCAGAGUUGGAGGGUAUGCGCCAGUGCCACUUGCGCGACUCAGCUGCUCUUAUCAAUUACUUUGCUUGGCUUGAGGAACAACUUACUAAUGGCGUCGAGCUUGAUGAGGCCGAUGGUGCUGCACGCUUGGAGCAGUUCAGAGCUGAGCAAGCUGGAUUUGUUGGUCUUUCCUUCGACACCAUUUCUUCGACAGGCCCUAACGGAGCCAUUAUUCACUACAAACCUGAGAAGCCUAAAGCUGCUCGCAUCAAUCCUGAUCUAGUCUACCUUUGCGAUUCUGGCGGACAAUACAUCGAUGGAACAACUGAUGUCACUCGCACACUCCACUUCAAAACGCCCAAUGACUUUGAGAAGCGUGCCUUCACUCGUGUCCUUCAAGGACACAUCGCCAUCGACACUGCGGUCUUCCCUGAAGGCACAUCUGGGUAUCUUUUGGACGUUUUGGCUCGUCGUGCUCUAUGGGCUGAUGGCCUCGAUUUCCGCCACGGAACUGGACAUGGCGUUGGUGCUUUCUUGAACGUACAUGAGGGACCUCACGGAUGUGGCACUCGUAUUGCUUACAACGAUAUUCCCUUGGUCCCAGGCAUGACAUUGACAAACGAGCCCGGCUAUUACGAGGAUGGGAAAUUCGGUAUCCGUAUUGAGAACGUCAUGCUGGUGCGCAAAGUCGAGACUCUCAACAACUUUGGAGGACGUGGUUACUAUGGUUUUGAACAUGUGACUUUAGUCCCUAUUCAACUCAAGAUGAUCGACCGCUCACUACUGACACACCUGGAGAUUGAAUGGAUCAACGCCUAUCACGCUGAGUGCCUAGCCAAGGUUUCACCUUUCUUGGUCAAGGACAGCCCAGGCUUCAAGUGGUUACAGCGCGAGGCUGCCUCUCUUUAAAAAAAAA